AUGUUUUGACUCUUCUAUGUGUUUACACAGCAGUAGGUUCAUAUCCAACGGAACUUGUGUAUCUGAGUGCCCAGGACGAGAGCCGUACGUCGCUAGUGGCAAAUGUAUGCCGGAAUGUCCUGAUAACACAAGCCUAUUUCCUGGCAACAAAUGCGUUUAUCAACCAGAUGCACAACGAUGAAAGACGCGGUCAUGUACAAUGGAUCAUGCUUACCUACAUGCCCUCCCUUUUGCUAAAUAUGUACAUUCUAGAAGUUGUCUUUCCAAAUGUCCGAGAGGGUUUUCCCUAACGGUUCUGACUGCCUAGAUAAUUCCAACUGCCAAAAUGUCGUAUACAAUGAAUCCUGUUUAUCAUCCUGCCCCAAAGCAGCGAACAGGAAGGACAGGGAACUGUUACUCCAUUUGUCCAUGGGGGACCAACAGUUAUCAGGCUACAUGCAUAGAUGAUAACGAGUGUCUGGAAAAGAAAUUCUAUCUCUUCAAUGGUAGUUGUGUGCCAACGUGCCCAUUUGGCUUUGCUGGUUUCACAGAUUACUUUUGUAAAGACGUAAUGAGUGAUUAUUAUGCAAUUAUAGGUGUGUCAGUUAUUCUGUUGAUUGCGCUGAUGGGUCUGUUUUGCAUGAUGUACAAUUCUAAAGAAUCAAGGCUAAUGAGUGCACCGGCGAAGCUUCAAGGAGAACAGCUCACUUGUGUUACGUCGGACAAUGACCCUGGACAACAGCAAGACAACGCUGAACAUCCGUAUGAAGGAAACAUGGAAUUUAAUUCCGAUGAAGAGAUGCUCCAUUGGAAGAUCACCGAAAUAACCCUCAUGAUGUGGACAUCUGUCAUGGAGUUGCGAACUGUUCUUAUAAUGUGAUUGUCCAUCCACAAGAGACGACGACGCCGACGACGUACCUCUGCUGCAAGCAACAUCAGAAGACGACCCGCUGAUCCAGCAAGCUGAUGAUGCCUUCUUAUUUGGUGAUGGAACUUGCUGAAUUUGUCACAACAGUGAAAGACUGGUUGGUAAUGUCUCUUAUGACUUGAAUACGCCACUGAAUAUGCAUUAUUAUCUUAGUAAUGAAAUUACUUUUACCAUCCUCAGAAAAUGUGCAUUUGAUAUAAUUAGGCAAAACAUGGAUGCUGUCCCAACUUUACAGUUUGACAUUGAUAACUUGCCUUCCCCUCCAGUCACAGCGUUUCGGCUUCUUUUAUUAGCAUCUUUAUCCUCUUGUGUUUGUUUGUUUGUCAUCAUUGAUCUUUUACCUGUUUUAAACGUUGCUUCUAAAAAUGUGAUCAUACCCAUUAUUAUUAUUUCACAUAUAUCUGAUGACCAACAGGUAACAGGCUGAUGGCCAUCAAUGUUUUCAAAUGUUAAUACUACAUGUAUAUAAUCUUUCGAAAUAAUUUCACUUCUUAAACAGACCUUUCGCAUCGUGCCAUAAUUGAUAAAUAUAAAUCCAUAGGAGUGUGUC